UUGACAUCCAAACAAAAAUCAUGAUCAGGCUACAGAUUUCUGAAUUCUCACAUAAUCAUUCGUCCUCCUCUCUCGUUCCUUUUCUCAAACAUCAUCAUCAUCAUCACCUCUCUCUCUGAUCUCUCAAGUUAACCUACUUCAAAGCUCAGCAAAGGCCAAACUAGUCUACCAUGCACUUCUCACCAACUGUUGUCAUCCAAGCCAGUUAAACUAUCCUUUAACCGUACCGUACCAUUAUUUUGGAUCAAGAUGGGUUCUGCGACAUCUUCUAUGGCUGCCAAAUUGGCAUUCUUCCCACCGGACCCGCCAUCUUAUGGCAUAUAUGUCGAAGCGUCCAGUGGGAGACUGAGAAUGUCGAAUAUUGUUCAUCAGAGAGAGGACGUGGACGUGUUGAAGCUGAGCACCAAGAGAGGGAAUGAGAUCGUUGCUAUGUACGUCAAGAACACCUCUGCAUCUUUGACUUUGCUCUACUCUCAUGGCAAUGCUGCUGAUCUUGGCCAGAUGUAUCACAUUUUCACCGAGCUUAGCCUUCACCUUGGUGUUAAUCUUAUGGGGUAUGACUAUUCUGGAUAUGGACAGUCGUCUGGAAAGGCGAGUGAGCAGGACACAUACGCGGAUAUAGAGGCUGCUUAUCAAUGCCUGGAAGAGACAUAUGGAUUGAAGGAGGAAGACAUUAUAUUGUACGGCCAGUCAGUUGGAAGCGGACCAACUCUGGAGCUGGCUACCCGUUUGCCCAUGUUGAGAGCUGUGGUUCUUCACAGUCCCAUCCUGUCUGGCCUGCGUGUCAUGUACCCGGUUAAGCGAACAUUCUGGUUUGACAUAUAUAAGAACAUUGAUAAGAUUCCACAAGUCAAUUGCCCCAUUCUUGUAAUUCAUGGAACGGAAGAUGAAGUUGUGGAUGUCUCCCAUGGCAAGCAGCUCUGGGAGCUUUGCAAGGAGAAGUACGAACCUUUGUGGCUUAUUGGAGGAAACCACUGCAAUCUGGAACUCUUCCCAGAGUACUUAAGGCAUCUGAGGAAGUUCAUAACAGCCGUAGAGAAACUACCACCUCUCCAAAUUAUUGAGUCUGAAGAAAGUAGAGAACAAUCAGAGAACUCACUGAUUGCCACAGACCAAAAGUCCAGAGCAAGCACAGAGCAACGAGAGAAGUCUAGGCCUAGUACUGGACAGAGAGAGAAAUCUAGACUGAGCAUGGACAAUAGGGAAAAAUCAAGAACCAGCAUCGACAAGAGGGAGAAGUCGAGAAGGAGCAUGGAUCGGUCUGGAAAGCCAAGGAACAGCACAGAUCAGUCAGAGAGAGCAAGAAAUAGCUUCGACCGCUUGGGAGACAUGGUGAGAUCAGUUGGAUUCUGUAAUGUUGAUUGUUUGAAGCAGACGGCUUUGGAGGCCUGAGGUUGAAGGAUUCAGUUAUUGGAAUUGGAUUGUGAAUUCUCUUACAAAUUCCAUGUUUGGUUGUGAUUGGAAAACUUACCGAUAGUGUUAACUGACUUCCCAAGUCUUGGUGCUGAAGGAAGGGCUGGUCAUUCUGGCACAAGUGAAAUUUCAAAGUCUUUCAGAUAUCGUAAAUUCAUUUAGAAGAAACUGUGUAUUUUGGCAAAAUGAGACUCCCCAUUACAAACAAUAAUCAACACAUGCUUACCUUCUGAUCUAUGUUCACUUGGAUUAUAAAGAUUUACUAAUUAUACUAUGAGUAAGAUUGAGAUA